CGCGCGCACAUCACGCAUACACAGGUACAACAGACUACACAACCAUAGGGACCGUCGCCGCCGCUCUCUGCUGAUAAUACACCGCGCGCACUUAUGGCGCAUGGGGAAAAUAACUCGGUAGCAUAAGAAUAAUUCAACAGUCUUGGGGCCUCGUACUCGUCGUCGUGCAUUAAACACCGUGAAAUAACAACAUAAAAAUGGAGUUUGGAAUGAGUGGUGAUAUUGCUCAAAUUUCAAAUGAGCUUGCUCAUGUUGUGGAAAUGAUGAUGUCUCCAAACAUUCCUCAUCAGCAAAGAUUAGAAGUAUAUAAUGCAUGUGAGCGCUUCAAGGAGACUUCCCCAUUGUGUGCUCAGUGUGGAUUAUUUUUAGCACAAAAAAGUCCAGAUAGAAGUCCUAUAGUUAGACAUUUUGGGCUGCAAUUAAUGGAACAUUGCAUAAAAUAUAGAUGGACUCAAAUGUCCCAGCCGGAAAAAGUUUUUAUCAAAGAAAAUGCCAUGAAACUGCUACAUGAAGGCACCUCUCUUCUUCAAGAAGAAAAUCACAUAAAAGAUGCAUUAUCUCGAAUUGUUGUAGAAAUGAUUAAACGCGAAUGGCCUCAACAAUGGCCAAAUUUAUUAGUAGAGCUAAGUGAAGCGUGUACAAGAGGAGAAAGUCAAACAGAACUUGUGCUAUUAGUAUUUUUAAGACUAGUGGAAGAUGUUGCUAUUUUAGAAACCUUGGAAUCUAAUCAAAGAAAAAAAGAUAUUUAUCAGGCUCUGACCACUAAUAUGACAGAAAUUUUUGGUUUUUUCUUGAGAUUAAUGGAACAGCAUUAUGCUGCAUUUCAAAAAGAAACAUCUUUAGGAAGAGCAUCUGAAGCUGCAGCUCACAAUCGAGUAGUACAGGUGGUGUUAUUAACAUUAUCAGGAUUUGUAGAGUGGGUAUCGAUAACCCACAUAAUGGCAGAAAAGGGAAGAUUGCUUCAAAUUUUAUGUUUAUUGCUUAGUGAUCUAACAUUCAGAUGUCAAGCAGCAGAAUGUUUACAACAAAUUGUUAGCAGAAAGGGUAAAGUUGAUGAUCGAAUGCAAUUAAUGAUUCUUUUCACAGAAGAUGCUCUUAAAUGCAUGUAUGCUGCUGCAACAAGCCCUUCCCCAAGUGGUUCAAACGAACUGCAAGAAAAACAUUUCUUAUUUUUAAAGAAACUUGUACAAAUGUUAAAUGGCAUGGCCACCCAAUUGUGUUCUGUGUGGACUAAAGAUGGAAACCGUCCUGUACAUUUUGGCAUCUUUCUAGACACUGUGAUGAUAUUUACUAUUCAUUCCAGCUUCACUUUGGUUCAAUUAUCAAAUGCUAUCUGGAUUACAUUUUUCAAGCAUGAGCAUAUUAAGACUGAUUCUCUAUUGUUAACUUAUAUUCCAAAAUAUAUUGAAAGUAUUGCCCCUAAGCUUAUAAAGCCAAUGCCUCAGAAUAAACGUUUCACAAAUGGUACAAGUGGAUGCUUCUUUGAAUAUGAUUCAGAUGAAGAAUUUAAUGCACUCUAUUUCCGCCUACGUAUGGAUGUAAUUGAAGGUUUCAGAAAUGCUACAAUGGUGGCUCCUAGAAUCACUUUUAGUUAUGUACAACAAUGGUUGACUGCCAAAAUUCGAAAAGGAAUGGAAAAUUUAGCUUACAAAAGUGAUCCUUUUGAUCCAGAAUAUCUUGAAUGGGAUGCCUUGUCUUCAGCCCUUGAAGCUGUAGUAUCACGAAUAUUACUUGUUAACGACCGACCUAACAUUCAAAGUGGUUUACAGCUUCUUGAACUUUGUCUUACUUACAACCCUCAAGAUCCAUGGAUUCUAUCUGCAUUACUUUCUGCUAUUAGUGCUUUAUUUGUCUUUUUAUCAAUGUCCACUGGUUCAAUGGUCAUGCCUGGGGUCGCCAUUUUACCUAGGGUGUUGGAAAAAAUAUAUGCUGUCCAAGUAUUUAAUUUACCCGGUGAAACACACGAAAAUAGAUCUAAGUCUGCUAAAAAUGUAAGGAGACAUGCUUCAAGUCUAAUGGUCAAGAUUGGACAAAAAUAUCCAUUGCUAUUACUUCCUGUAUUCGAUCAAAUUCAUGCCAAUGUAAAAAAAUUGAUGGCAGAACCGAGUCAAUUAACUAGAUUUGAGGGGGUAGUUCAGUAUGAGGCUUUGAUGUUAAUAUCUAAUCAUUUUUGUGAUUACGAAAGGCAGUCUAAAUUUAUAGAGGAGGUAAUUGGUCAGACUGCGCUCCGUUUCACUGCCAUGGGAGCAGAGGCAUUUAAAGGUCCAAUGGAAUUGACCAAUUUCUUAGGUUUAAAUCAACCACCGAUAGACAACCCAGUUAUCAGUCGAAAUAUGUCAGACUUGAGAUUUUAUAUUAACGUUUUAUUAAGCGUGGUUAAACGUAGUACCAUACCCGAUGAUCCAGAUAGGGCAUUAAGAGGCGGAUUUGUUGCUGCUGUCAGUGAAAAUGGUAAUCCAGUAUACAGAAACCCGGCGACACCCCAUAUUGUACCAGCUUUACCACCAUUUUUUGCUCUUCUAAGAACAAUAAAUUCUAUGUUUACACCAGCUGCUUUGAGUUUACUAUCUGAGAGUUACAAAAAUGUUCACGAUAUGGUAGAAGUAGAAAAACAACAGUUAUUAGGUCAUACUAAUGGUAACAGUAGUGACAGUUCCCUGGAAGAAGAUCCGUUAUUUUCGCCAGUAUCAAAAGCGCAAAACUUUUUCCAUUAUUUACAAGAUACCUGUUAUCAUCUUCUUGGAAGUGGCUGUCAUAAUAUUGGUCGUGACUUUUAUCAGCUACAAGGAUUAUCGAAUGCGCUCAUUAAUUCUGUAUUUUCUGAUAUGGAGACAAUUCCCGACCACAGACUGCGUCCGAUUAUUCGAGUUUUUAUGAAACCUUUCAUAUAUCAUUGUCCAACAGCAUUUUAUGAAACAGUUCUAGUACCUGUUUUGGCGCAUGUUUCUAAUCACAUGCAUCAGAGAUUAAGCACGAAAUGGCAACGAAUGGCCAUUCUUUAUGAGGCCGGUGACCAUGGAGAAGAAAAUUCAGAUGAGCAAGAAGUUAUAGAAGAUAUGUUGAAUCGUAAUCUAACUCGGGAGUUUAUCGAUGUAUUGAAACUUGUACUCGUCGGUGGCAAUUCGAGCGACGCCUCUCCACCUGAUUCAAUGGACCAAGAUAAUGGUGGAAUGGCUGUUGAUCAGCCAACUACUCGAAGUACUAAUAGCAUCGUUGCUGAAGUCGUUAGUGAACUUGGUAGCUUUGUACUUAGACAUCCUUCAACUUGUCACAGUGUUGUGCUUUGCAUUCUUGGCGCCCUGUCAUGGAAUGACUCAGGUGCCAGUUUGAAAGCAACAAUGCUUACUGGACCAGUUGUGCGGGCUCUUGCUGCAGAUGGCAGUUUAAACCCUCAAAUGGCAUCCCAUAUAAUGGUUGCUGUUUUGCAAGGUCUGCAAUUACAUGGCCAACACGAAGCCAAUCAAGGAUCUUUGAUUACUUUGGGAGCUCAAAUUUAUGAAGUCCUUCGACCUAAGUUUCCAAAUAUCAUCGAGGUAAUGCAACAAAUCCCAGGCGUUAAUCUAGCUGACUUACAGAGAUUUGAUGAUAAAAUGAGUGUCGUUAGCACCAAAGGAAAUAAGAUUGAAAAGGGGAAGAAAGAUCUAUUCAAGAAGAUAACUAAUCAGUUGAUCGGAAGAAACAUCGGUCAAUUAUUCCGCAAAGAAGUAAAAAUCGACAACUUACCGAGUAUUCAAAUAGCAAAUAAACCAGUCGUGCGCGUAGACGAUAUUUCAAAUACACCCAGUGAAACAGGUUUAACUGCGUUAUUUGCUGGACCUACGUAGCAAAAAAUUAGCCAUAGCUUACGAAGCUACCAGAGCUUGCUAAGCAUUCACAUGAAUUAAUAUAAUUUUAGUUAAAAAAUUUUAAGUAAUAUUCUUUACACUAAAAUUUUCAAGAAAUAAGGAUUGCAGUCGACUAAGAUAAAAAUGAUUCAAAUAAUUAUUAUCUGAUGUAAAAUUUAAAUAAUUAAUAUAAUCUUUACUCAAAAGAUUCCUACAAAAUGAGUUCCUUAUUUCUUUGAAAUUAUUGUUGCGCAUCAUCGUAAUUUUUAAUAUCUAUGUUAUAAAUAUAAAGUUAAAUUAAAUUUUAAGUCUUUAAUUUUUUUUUAUCUUGUUGAUUGAUUUUACUGUUAUGAAAUUACAUCAGUCAGGAUUGCUCUUGUUUGAAAAUCAAGUAACAAGAGCAUUUUUAAUUAUUUUUAAUUUUUACAGUGUGAAUGUUAUUAUUGAGAAAAUGUGAAUAUUUUGUAUCUUUAUAAAAUAAUGAUGAAUAAUAGAUAUUCGAAUGAUUGAUACUGAACUCAUAUUUGCUAUGCAUCAAGUUGACUUGAUUACAUUUCAAUAAUGUAAAAUUUAAAUAAUUUCACAAAAAAAUGUUUAUACAUCAAUAGAAAAAUAAUGAAUAGAUAGUAACAAUUCAUUCAAUAUAAGUAUCGCUUUUUAUAGCUGGUACAAAGCCAAAGCAUAAUAAUAUCGAAGAGAUUUUAAUAUAAACAAUUCAUAUAUCUCAUUCAAUUUUAUCGGAAAAGUUUCAUUCAAGAAAAAUACCGUUUUGUUUAAAAAAAUUUAAUUACAUCCCAUUUUUUGUUAAAGAUGCUAUGAAAUAUCAUUGAAAGUACAUUCAUUGUACAAAAUUGUAAAUUAUCAUUGUAAGAAAUUAGGCUUUGAAAUGUUUCUCAAAAAUUUGAAUGUUGUAUUAUUUUUAAUUAAAUUAAAAAAAUUUUUAAUUAUGUAGCCAAUCGCGGAUUAUUUAUCUUAAAGUUGUCAACUAUACAAAUAAAACGACAUUGCUACACUAA